CUCACCCCUAUCCCUCCCUCAUUCUACUCUUUUUUUCCUCUUUUUCCCUCUCUCUGACUGUUCCCUUUUUUCUUGUCUUCCAACAAGCUUUUCGGAACGCUGCACGUGGGGAACACACCUGCUUGCUCUUGGCCGUGUGUGCUCACACAGUGAUCUGCGUUUGGCCUGCUGUCCUGCUGCAUCCAUCCCUCUCUGGAUUUGCGGGCAUUCGUGUGCAAGUUGUGCCGCUUUCUGCAAACACAGCACAGGUCACUGACAACAUGAGGCUGGCCUGUCUCAUCCUGCUCCUGGUGUCUGUGUGCUGGGCCCUCCCCUUCUAUCAGUCUGGAUUCCUGGACUUCAUGAUGGAGGACGAGCCUGGCUCAGCGAUGUUCCCAGAUCUUACCCCGCCAGAGGGGCCAGUUCUGCCUAGAAUGCCUCUGGAGCCAGUGUGCCCCUUCAGGUGCCAGUGUCAUCUCCGUGUGGUCCAGUGCUCAGAUCUUCGGUUGGAGAAUGUUCCAGAAAAUAUUCCCAAUGACGCCACUCUGCUGGACCUUCAAAACAACAAAAUCAGAGAGAUCAGAGAGAAUGACUUCAAAGGACUCAGAGGGCUUCAUGCUCUCAUCUUGGUAAAUAACAAGAUCACUACCAUUCACACCAAAGCUUUUGCUCCUCUGGUCAACCUGGAGAGGCUCUACCUCUCCAAGAACCUGUUGAAGGAUGUUCCCCCUAACAUGCCCAAGAGCCUGCAGGAGCUACGCAUCCAUGAGAACAAGAUCACCAAGAUUAAGAAGGCCACCUUCACUGGACUCCCCAAUAUUCUCGUUAUGGAACUUGGCUCCAAUCCUUUGGCUGGUUCGGCAGUGGAUGGAGGGGCUUUUGCAGAUCUGAAGAGGGUCUCCUACAUCCGUAUUGCUGACACCAACAUCACUAGCAUCCCCAAAGGUCUUCCAAGCUCCCUGUCAGAACUUCACCUGGAUGGGAACAAAAUCACCAAGGUUACAGCUGAGAGCCUUAAAGGUCUCAAGAACCUAGCCAAGCUGGGCUUGAGCCAUAAUGAGAUCAGCGUUGUGGAGAAUGGCUCAUUGGCCAACAUGCCACACCUGAGGGAGCUUCACCUGGACAACAACGCUCUGACCAUUGUACCUACUGGCCUGCCCGAGCACAAAUACAUACAGGUGAUUUAUCUCCAUGCCAACAAGAUAGGCACUGUGGGAACGGAAGACUUCUGCCCGCCUAGCUACAACACCAAGAAGGCUAUGUAUUCUGGUAUCAGCUUGUUCAGCAACCCCGUGCCUUACUGGGAGGUUCAACCAAUCACCUUCCGCUGCGUCUUCGAUCGCUCCGCCAUUCAGCUUGGCAACUACAGGAAGAAGUAGAGCAUCCAAUCAGAGUGCCUGAUCACUGUUGUCAUCCCGCCCCCUUUCAACAGCACUUCAAGUGUCUAACUCAAUUCGAAUAUCAUAACAGCUGACUCGAAAUGUGUUUUGAGUAUACUAAGCUGACACAACAUACAGGAAAUUUGCUACAUAAAGUAAUUCAGUAAUUUUCAAAAUUGUAUUGGCAAAACUGGGAACUAACCUCAAGUAAAACAUAAUGUCAAAUAACUUGCAUGUACACAAAAGCCAACGAAAUAGCUGAACACAUGGGGUUUCUCUUACGCGUCCAUAUAGUGCUACUGGAAACUUGUGUUAAACAGAGUAGAAGAAUUUCAAUGAUUUUUACCACUUAGAAUAACCAAGUGCACAUACACACUUACACAUGCCCUCUGACUCAAAGGAAUGUGAUUGACAGAAAAAAAAGGGAAAAAAAAAGAUUUUGAUAUAUAUACACAGAAGAUCCACUCCUGGCCCACUGGAUCUUUGGGACUGUUUCCAUUUUCUAAACUGGACUCGAUGCCAAGGCAGAGCCCGCUGAGCGGGCAGCAAUGGGUGCACAUGUGCCAGUGUGCCAGUGUGCCCUGGAGAACACUUUAGUAUGGUAUAGUAGAUGUACUCACCCACUAUCAUCUGUGUACUAGUAGCUGUGUCCAAAGUGUACUAUCAAAACCACACUUUAUGUCCAAGCGGUGUCUUUUCUCCUUUACAGUAACCACGUGUCAUGAGCUGUCUUGUUGCAGUAUUUUCUUCUAUUUGCUUCAGAUGUUGUUUUUCUUUUAUUUUUUAAUUGUGUUUAUUUUCAUCCUAAACCCCACUUUCAUGUAACAUAAGAUAGACAACGCAGCCAAGGUGAACAUAGCUCUUUAAGAUGUAGAAUAAAAUCUAUUGUCUUUUUAAUAGAAGCAAUUCCCAAAGACUUA